GUAGAAGAUUAGACCGAGAGAAGUUGAAAUCAGUUUUGAAAACUCUCGUGGUCCAAUAUGGAGAGAGUGACGAGGGGAAGUACGACUAUGGAUUCAACAGCAUGCGAUUCAUACGACUAUACGAGACUCGAGUAGACCUAGAAAUCAGUCAAGUGCUUGACGAUCUAGAGUCACAAUGGUCAGGAGGUUUUGAAAACUUCAGCCUACCAGAAACCAGGCUUUUGAAGAUUUCACGCAAGUCAAAGAGAGAAUUACAGUUAAUGGUGACGGGAUGGUCUCUCAACUGGCAUUUCUUUCGUCAUAUAGACCAUGUGCAUAGAGCUUUAAACCCCAACUAUGGCUCCUUAACCCGCGCGACUUUGUACGACCCAAAUACUCUCCUUCAACCAGAGAACCAAGCGAGAGUAAAUUUACCGACAUUGAGGGAGCUAAUACGGGUGGCAAUCCCUCCCGCGCAUGUCUUGCCAUCAUUCUCUUCAUUCUCGAGAAGUCCCCUUGACCACUCUUUGGAUAUCAAGGUGGCAAAAGAACUGAAGGAUUUCCUCUCGGGUCUGAGUUCCUCAGCUCGAAACACCCUGGAGGGCCUCUAUAUCAAGAACCUUCACGAUAGU